AUGUCGAUGGUCGCUUAUCGCAUCAUUCCUGAUUGGCUUGACGGCUCUCUGCUCUGCGCGCGUCUGUUCCUCAUCUCAGCCCUCCCCGACGGGACUACGCAGCUGCGUCUCCUAGCAGGGCGGGGGUUGGAGGAGCAGCACACUGUGGAGUUACCGGGCGGAGCAGGGGGAGGCGGAGGGGGAGGGUUCCAGGGAGGCGGAUUCGAGGGAGGGGGAUUCGGGGGAGGGUGGAAGCGCGGAGGGGAUGGAGGGAUGGUUGAUGAGGUGAACGGGCAGGUGAGGAGGUUGCCUGUUCCGAAAUCCAGCUACAGCCGGGUGCCUUUGACCCGCGCAGAGCAGGAGAAGGAGAGGCGGAGGGGGGCGGGGAAGAGGAGGGCGGGUGAUGUGUGCGCAGGCGUGCGGGUAGGGAUGGGGGUUGAGAAGGUGGGAGGGGAAGAUGGGACCGGGGGGAGUUUUGGCGGAGCAGGUAUGGGUGCGGAUGGGAUGGAGGAGGAUGCGACGAAGGAGGAGGUUCUAGGGGCGGGAGAGGGAGGAGAGGGGACGGAAGGGCAUGAAGGGUGGAUGAUGGAUGGGGAUGGGUGUGCGGAGGAGCGCGGGGGAGAGAACACAGGAGAAGGGGGCAGAGGAGGAGAGGAGAGAGGAGAGGGGAGAGGAGGGGGGAAAGGAGGAAGACUAGGAGGGGCAGCAGAGGAGGUGCCUGAGUGGGCGUAUGGGCUGGAGGGGCUGUGGACGGGCGAGUAUGGGCCACAUGGCGUGGAGAUUCUGAAUGUGCUUGUACAGGGGGGAGAGAUCGUCGCGACUAAGAUCACAGGUGAUCCCAACGUGCCAUGCGGCCAAGUUACCUUUAAAGCCCGCCUCGCCACAGCCCAAGGCCCACCCGAUCCAUCCGACCUUCCACCCACCGACUCGCUCCUGCCCCGUGGCCCAGGAGGGCUGCCAAUGCCGCUCACUCCCACUCGUAGCAUUGUCAUCCCCCCUCCUAGCAACGCUGGUGAUGAGUCUGCUGGGAGGGUUGAGGGCAGCAGCAGGGGUGAAGGCAGGGGCAGAGGGGGAGGAAGCAGUGCGAUAGAUGGGAGUGAUACUGCAAUGGGUGAUGGUGAUGGUGACUGUGAUGGUGGUGACGUGGAUAGGGCAGCUGAGAGGGAGAGGGAGCGAGCGGAAGAGGCGCGGAGGGAGCGGGGAGAGAGGUGGCAGAGGGCGACGACUCUGGCCCGAGCUGUGAUGCACACGGAUCAUGACGCGGGGGCAGAUGAGGGCACAGAGGUUCAAUUCGUCUGGAUGUGCCAGGGUCAAGGCCGGGUGGCAGACUACAAUUUCCGCCGCCCGCAGUGGGUGAACGGUUGUCUGCUAGUGGACUCUGCCGCCCGCAUCACCUUCCUCUGGCAGGACGUGCACUUUGCCAUCCGUUUCCGCCGUCUCGACCUGCCAAAGCUCGUUCACAGUGCUUAG